GUCGGUCCAGCUGAUGCCAGAGGCGCAAGUAGUGUUGACAACGCCGACCUGGAUCUCUUCCCUAUUUAUUUAUUUCCUAAAGCAUAUUUAUUUGGAAAGAACAAAGCGAAUUUGGAGGAAAGGAAAGACAUGUCUUAAUGUAUUUCAUACCUGUGUCUGAUCCAUGUGCCAGUCAGCUGAAGCAUGCUGGAAGAAUGCAGCCCAUAACCAGAAGAGAUGCCGGAGUCUGGCAUCAGACGAGGAGCCUGCUCUACAAAAACCUGCUGAUCAAAUGGAGGACCAAACAACAGAGUCUCCAGGAGCUGAUCUUGCCUUUGCUGCUCUUGGGCCUCCUCAUUCUCAUUAGCACCCUCAACCCUCAUGUCUCAUACGGCAGUAUCAGCACCAAGGAACUGGAGUAUGAACGGGACCUGUCACUCAAAGGUCUCGGCUACACCCCCAUCAGCAAUGUCACCAAUCACAUCAUGGAGGAGGUGGCACGGGAACUGCCGAUGAAUGAGCGACUGGAGAUGUUCUCCACUGAGGAAGAAUUGGAGAAUGCAAGUCUCUAUGAACCGGAUGGCUUUGUAGGAGUGGUCUUCUUGGAUUCAAUGUCGUACCGUCUGCGAUUCCCAUACAGCCAGCUCCCCCUGCCUAGCGACUUCACCGAAUCCAUAACAAGCUGUUACACAAAUUACGUCAACUGCCGUGCCGCCAACUACUGGUAUUCCGGAUUCAUACGCCUGCAGUCUCUCAUUGAUGCUGCCAUUAUACAGAUGAAAACCAAACGUCCAGUGUGGAACGAAUUAAAAGUGCGUGCAGUGAUGAUGGGACAUCCGGGUUCAGUGGAGGUCCAGAAGUUCCCUCAUGCCCUCAUCUCCAUAUACCUGGUGCUGGCGUUUACACCCUUUGUCUCCUUCCUCAUUGUCAAUGUGGCAGCUGAAAAAGAACAGCGGCUGAAAGACACCAUGGGCAUGAUGGGAUUGUAUGACUCUGCCUUUUGGCUUUCAUGGGGCCUUCUGUAUGCUGCUUUAGUGACGACCAUGUCCAUUCUCAUGGCUGUUAUAGCAACCUGCACACCGCUGUUCUCCAACAGCAAUUUCUUUGUCAUCUUCCUCCUCAUUUUCCUCUAUGGAAUAUCCUCUAUUUUCUUCUCCUUCAUGUUGACCCCUUUGUUUAAGAAGCCCAAGUUUGCAAGUACAGUGGGUUCCAUGCUGACAGUGGUGUUCGGGUGUCUGUCUCUCUUCACUGUACUAAUGAGAGAUUUCCCCCAGUCAGCCGUGUGGCUCCUCUGCCUUCUGUCUCCCAGCGCCUUCUCUAUCGGCAUCGCCCAGGUGGUGUAUCUGGAAGCUCAAGGGGAUGGCGCAGUAUUUUCUUCUCUGGGCAAUGGUCCUCACGCCCUCUAUGUUCCUAUGGUCAUGCUGUUCUUGGACUGCAUUCUCUAUCUGCUUUUAGCCAUUUACCUGGACCAAGUGCUACCAGGCGAGUUUGGCACAAGGCGCUCAGUGCUGUACUUCCUACAGCCAUCCUAUUGGUCAAAGCGGAGGAAGCGUUAUGUGGAGGUGAGCUCUGUGUACGAGGGCGAGAUCAACGGAACUCCAAUGAAUGAUGAAUCAGUGGAGGCGGUUUCUCCAGAGUUUAGAGGCAAAGAGGUUAUCAGGAUCUGCAAUAUCCGUAAAACCUACCGAGAGAAAGACACCAAAGUGGAGGCUUUGAGAGGUUUGACUUUUGACAUCUAUGAGGGUCAGAUCACUGCCCUGCUGGGUCACAGUGGAGCAGGAAAAUCCACCCUCAUGAAUAUCCUGUGUGGCAUCUGCCCCCCUACCGAAGGCACGGCGACAAUCUAUGGCUCUCCUGUGGCGGAGAUAGCAGAGGGGGCCGAGAUGAAACAGCUGGUUGGUAUAUGCCCCCAGUUCAACAUUAUCUUUGAUGUGCUCACUGUAGAGGAACACCUGAGGAUCUUUGCUGCCAUCAAAGGGAUCCUGCCUUCUGAUAUUGACGGUGAGGUGAGAAAGGUUUUGAGGGAUCUGGAUUUAGAAAAGAUUAUGGACGCCCAGGCAAAGAACCUGAGUGGAGGCCAGAAGAGGAAGCUCUCUGUGGGCAUAGCAAUUCUCGGAGACCCAAAAAUCCUCCUUCUGGAUGAGCCUACGGCUGGUAUGGACCCAGUGUCUCGGCACCAGGUCUGGUCCUUAUUGAAGAGCCGUAGAGCAGGCAGAGUUACUGUACUCAGCACUCAUUACAUGGACGAGGCAGAUAUACUUGCAGACCGUAAAGCUGUCAUCUCUCAAGGACAGCUGAAAUGUGUUGGUUCCUCUUUGUACCUGAAGACCAAGUGUGGGGUUGGCUACCAUCUUAGAAUGUCUGUAACUGAAGGCUGUGAAGUGGAGAACAUCACAUCACUGGUCAAGCAGCAUGUUCCCAAGGCUCAGUUGUCAAGGCAGCAAGAGGCUGAGCUUACAUUCACAUUGCCUUUCGAGAGCAUGGACACUUUCCCAGGACUGUUUGCAGAGCUGGACUGUCGACCUGACCUGGGUAUCAUUAACUACGGUGUCUCCAUGACAACAUUAGAGGACGUAUUCUUGCGUCUGGAAGCAGAGGCAGAGGUGGAUCAGGCUGACUACAGUGUGUUUAACCAAGAAAAGGUGGAAGACGAAGGAGACGCGUCUUCUAUGGAUGACACAGACCAGCGUCUUCUGACGUUUUCAGACAGCAGGCAGGAUGCAGUAACAGGACGUGCCCUCUGGAGGCAGCAGUUUAAAACGGUGGCCUGGCUGCAUAUGCUCAACCUGCAGAGAGAGAGAAAACCUAUCAUAUACAAUUUGACACUGUUCCUGGUUUUCUUAUCUGCAAUGCUGAUUCUGUCUGUGGCCACGGGAAACAUUCGGAUUCAUUCUCCUGAAAGACUGUUUUCACCUAUCUACCUGCUGCACCACAACGAAGCUCCUCGCAAAUACACCACCAGCCUACUUGUGCAAAACUCCUCUGAUUCUGACCUGUCAGGGUUCAUCCACAAUCUGGAGUCUCAGGACAUUAAAGUGGAAAUGAUGAAAAAGCCAGACUACAUGUCUGCUGCACCUGUCAGCGCCGCCAUCAAUGUGACAGGAUACAGUAAGGAUUUUACCUACAUUUUAGCGUUUAACAGUACCACCGUGCACUCCUUGCCUAUGACUGUCAAUGUGCUGAGUAACGCCCUCCUGAGGGGCUUUAACGGCACUGGAAACAUUAAAACAUGGACUAAACCCUUCGACUAUCAAAUCCCAGAUAAGACAUCCUAUGCACUGGUUUACAUUGAGGCUGUGAUUCUUGGGAUGCUGGCUGCUGGGAUGCCAGCCUAUUUUGCAAUGGACCACACAAGAGACAAAGAGUUGAAGUGUCGCUCGACCCUGAGGAUCUCUGGUCUUGUUCCUUCGGUGUACUGGUGCGGUCAGGCAGCUAUUGAUGUCCCUUUCUAUUAUCUUAUCUUAAUCUGUAUGACCAGCACCCUGUUUGCCUUCCAUUCUACAAACCUGCUAACCUCCCAUAACAUCUUGGCUGUGGCUCUGUGUUUGAUUGGCUUUGCUCCAGCCAUGGUUCUCUUCACAUACUGUGUCUCCUUCAUGUUCGUCAGAGUCCAGAGCAAUAGGGACUUCUUCUCAGUGGUUUCCAUGAUGUUGUGUGUGGUUUCUGCAUCUAUAGUCCAGCUGGCUCUUGUGAAUGAGAAUGCUAGUAUGGCUCGUCUUCUACACAAUGCACUGUGUUUCUUCAGUCCACUCUACCCUCUUAUGGGCUGCCUUAACUGCAUUACCAUGGCCACCUUCCUUCAGUCUCCUCAUGAUGAUGAUUUCCUGUGGAAGAACCUCUUUAUCUCUGUUGUGUCUCCGUAUAUCCAGUGUAUUCUGCUGCUCUUUACCCUGAGAUGGCUUGAGGUUAGAUAUGGAGGGAAGACCAUGAAAAAUGACCAGCUCUGCAGGAUUUCCUCCCAAGCAAAGAGCAAAUCUCAGCGAAACCCAGAGGAGAAUGUGAGUGAGGAUGAGGAUGUUCAGGUGGAGAAAGCUCGAGUGAAGGAGGCGUUGACUUGUCAGUGCUGUGAGGAGAAACCGGUGGUAGUGGUGAGUAACCUCAGGAAACAGUACAAAGGCAAGAGGGAGGGCUUUUCACUCAGCAAGAGAAGGAAAGUGGCCACUAAGAACAUCUCCUUUUGUGUUCGCAAAGGUGAGGUUUUGGGUCUGCUGGGACCGAAUGGAGCAGGGAAGAGCACUAUCAUGCACAUGCUGUCUGGAGACACUGAACCCACUGCUGGACAGAUUUUGAUGGGAGAUUAUGGCACAGACUUCCAACCAGUGGAAAACCCCUUGGAGCAUGUAGGGUACUGUCCUCAGAUGAACCCUCUAUGGCCUAGAAUCACCCUACAGGAGCACCUGGAGAUCUAUGCUGCUAUCAAGGGACUACGUCAGAAUGAUAUCCCAAACAUCAUUAAGCGUGUUGUGAGUGCUCUAGAGCUGAAGGAUCAUCUUUACAAACAGGCAAAAAACUUGUCUGCAGGGCUAAAGAGAAAGCUGUGCUUUGCACUAAGCAUGCUGGGAAAUCCUCAGAUAGUUCUGUUGGACGAGCCUUCUACAGGAAUGGAUCCCAAAUCAAAACAGCGCAUGUGGAGGGCGAUCCGUGCCGCCUUUAAGAACAAACAGCGAGGAGCCCUAUUGACCACCCACUACAUGGAAGAGGCCGAGGCUGUGUGUGACCGUGUGGCCAUCAUGGUUUCUGGCCAACUAAGGUGUAUUGGCUCAAUACAGCACCUGAAGGGAAAGUUUGGGAGAGGCUACAGCCUAGAGAUUAAUCUCAGGGAGGAGCUCACAGGUCUCCAGCAGGUAGCGCUGUUGCACAAAGAGAUACUGAAGAUAUUUCCCCACGCUGCUCGGCAGGACAGUUUUGCCACUCUGAUGGUGUAUAAAAUCCCAAUGGAAGAUGUAAAGUCACUAGCCAAGUCCUUUGCCCAGUUAGAAAAUGCUAAACAGAACUUUAACUUUGAAGAGUACAACUUCUCCCAGUCAACUCUUGAACAAGUUUUCAUGGAGUUCGCUAAAGAGCAAGAGAAUGAAGAAGAGGAGGUCGGAUCGCUUAGCACGACUUUUCAAUGGCAGAGACUGAGACAGGACGGCCCUGUAUCCAUCAAUCAUGCUGACAGCAUAGUACACCAGCUAUGAGCCAAUCCUGUCCGGCCUUCCCUGAAGCGUUGUGCUGUUCCUUUUCUCUAUCUCUCUCUCUCUAUUGCUCUGCAUGUGCCGUCCUUUGCCUUAAGAGCCUUAAACCGAUAAGACUCGCAGGACAAUAGACUGUGGAGACUCCAAUGGCCACAAGCGCUCAUACAGGACAUGUGUGUGUAUGUGCGUGUGGGCUGUGAUACUUGCUUUGGCUCUGGUACUGGCACUUGCUCAGAUAGAAUUUGACACACGACUUGAGUGUCAGCAGUAAACGCCGAGCCAGACUCGGCAGGUUUUUUUGUUGUCGUUGUCAUUUGUUUUUAUGAAGAGAUUUUAUUUUUUAAAUUCUCACUCUCUGUAAAUUAGUAUAUCUUCCGUUCACCUGAUGUAUAUCCGUUUCCAUAUACACUAUGUCAGUCACUGGGAAAUUACAUUUAUUGCAUGGAGCGGGUUCCACAUUAUCAAAAUGGUACCAAAGUCUCACAUUGACACCAAAACACUGCUUUUUUGGUGUCCGUAGCAUGGGAUAUAAACUUGCGUCUCUGUUUGUAUGGCUAACGUUAUUAUCCAUGUGUACUGUUGUAAGGUAAGUUUUCAGACAGGAGAAUCUCAUUACAGCUGUGUGCAAAUUUUCAGGCAGCAUUAACACUGAGAUUUACCAGCAUGUAUGGGGCUGCUCUCGUUUCUUGUAACCCUUUUUAGGGUGGAGCGGCCCUGCCGGUGCAUGAAGCCUCUUCUGUCUCUGCUGCACCCGGGAGAUCCACAAGACUCCUUUCUCAAACACCAGCACGUGUUUCAGGCUUUCACACAGAGCUCUCCAAAGAAAAACAGGGCUAAGCACUCACAGUGAGUAAGCAAGUGGGUUAAUCACGACGAGAAAGAACUUCUGUCAUACCUUUUGAGUCCCGUCAUCAGGUGGCCUUCCUUUAGGAGCAGUUUAAUGUUAAAAAUCAGUAGCUUAAGAAUGUAGUUCUCACAAUCCGCACCGAACCAUGUAGCACUCCAUAUUAGUCGCAUACUACUGAGUGAGGUCUUUUAUUUUAUUGUUUUUUUACUGUAGGGACGGUGAGCCUUGAAUGUACAGUGGGUGACGUUUUAUAAGCAUUUGAUGUGGGUUCAAAGUAUCCAGUGUAAGGCUUCAAUUUCGGGAGAUUCUGAACACCAGAAUUAGACGUUUGCAUUCAGCAUGGACUCGUUUUAAUUUGCUUGGUUCUCGUUCAAGAGGGUCUGUCUUUUUGUACCUUUUAGGAUAUGUUUGUUUAAAUGUACAGAUCACCUCUCUUUGUGUUUGCCAAUAAGUACAACCUUAAAAUUGAUACUCUGUAAUGGCACAUUGGAGAAUAUCUUUCAAAAGUCAGCAAUUUAAAAAAAAAAAAUUAAAACUGCAGGAACAGUAUUUUUUUUUUUUUUUUGUUUGUUUGUUUUUUUGUUUUUUUUGUUUGUUUGUUUUUAUGCGUAAUACUUUAAAAUAAGGUUCUAUACAUUAGUUAAUGCAGUAGCUAAUAGGAAAUGACAAUGAAAGAUUAACCUCAGUAUGUUUAAAAUGUCAUUCUUUUUUUUUGUUUGUUUAAUUUAAUGUUUUAUCAAGCAUGCAUUAAUUAAUGUUUACUAAUUAAACAUUAUUGUAAAGUAUUACCAAUUAAAUUAUUCUUUAUUAGGAGUGUUCUGCCCUUCUCAUUUCUCUUCAUUCUGCUUUAAGUAUUGAAGCUAAAAUGGCAAUGUAUUCUGACAGGAAGUGUUUUAAUUUUAGAACUCUGCAAACAUGAGUUUCCGGUGCAUCUUUUUUAUUUCCUUUGUCUGGUAGAUGUUUCUUUAUCCAGCUCUUGAGCGAUUAUGAUGAUGAUGAUGAUGCUGAACCGUGUGUUGGUAUGAGGAACUCUGCCCCAAGUGCUGGUUCUCUUGUUGGUAGAACUACUUCUAAAAAAAAAAAAUGUGUUUACCAGGUGUUUCAUGGUUGCUCUUGUGCAAAUCGGGUUUAUUUUUCUGAUUCUACUCAGUUUCAAAUUGUUUCUUGCUCAUUUUUUGGACAUUUAACGCUAGCUGAAUGUGAAAGGUUGUAUAUAGAGUUUGGAACUGUCCUCAAAAAUUGUAAUCAAUGCCAAGUUGGCAUGUUAUCUGGAAUUUUUUAUUUUUUUUUU